CGAAUGAAUGUAGCUGACAGAGCAGCGAGCUAGCAAAGGCAGCUGUCAUUCACUACAUAACCGAGGCUUUGGGCGGCUUUUACAACAAGCGAGUUAACACCCGCAUGCCGCCGUCGUGUGUUUAGAUAUAACUUCGUGUUCCCUGUCUGUCUCUGACGGGUGCUGUCCUCAGCAGGACGCCAUGCUGUGAGUGGUCCUCGGUGUCCUCCAGCAGCAGCAGCUUCAGGAACAAUGUGGUCCCCAGCCCGCAGCUUCCUGCGCUCUGCUGUCAGGCUGCUGCCGCCGCGCUCCCGGGCUGCAGGUUGCAUGUGGUGCAGACACAUUUCCGUGAAACCAGGAGGCUUGAAACCAAAGACGGUCCCACCUCGGUACCUUGGCCAGCCCAGCCCCUUCACUCAUCCUCACCUCAUCAAACACGGUGAGGUGACCCCAGGCAUAACCCAGACAGAGUACGAGCUCCGCAGGCAAAAGCUCGCCCUGCUCAUUGAGGCCCAUGCAGACAAGCUGGGACCUCCCGCCUCCUCUGGCAACCACGUGGUCAUCGUUUUAUCCCAUCCAACACGCUACAUGACCAACGACAUCCCUUAUCCCUUCCACCAGAACCAGGAUUUCCUCUACCUCACUGGCUUCUUGGAACCAGACAGUGCCUUGGUUCUUUACGGCGGGGCUCGACCAGACCAGGCCAUGUUGUUCGUCCCCCGCAGAGAUCCGGGGAGGGAACUGUGGGACGGUCCGCGGGCGGGAAAGGACGGGGCAGCUGCUUUGACGGGCAUAGAAAGAGUUCACAGUACAGAGGAGCUGGGUCUGGUGUUAAAAAGCCUUAAAGGCACUCAGCUCUGGUACGAUGCCUCUCAGCCUGCCCACUCUGGGCUUCACCAGGCCCAUGUGCUCCCCCUGCUUGAAGCGGGCCCCGUCCCACGAUCGCUCCGGCCCCUCGUUCACUCUCUCCGGGCGAUCAAGAGCCCUGCAGAGGUAUCGCUUAUGCAAGAGGCGGGUCGGAUCACAGCCCAGGCCUUUAGGAGGACGAUGGCUUUGUCACAAGGAGAUGUCGACGAGUCAGUCCUGUUUGCUAAGUUUGAUUUCGAGAAUCGGAUCCAUGGUGCCAACUUCCUGGCCUACCCCCCCGUAGUUGCCGGAGGAAAUCGAGCGAACACUCUGCACUACAUAAACAACAACCAGAUCAUCAAGGAUGGUGAGAUGGUUCUUCUUGAUGGUGGCUGUGAGUACUUUGGUUACGUCAGCGACAUCACUCGAACGUGGCCCGUCAACGGCAGGUUCAGCCCAGCCCAGACUGAGUUGUACGAGGCCGUCCUGGAGGUGCAGCGCUCCUGUCUGUCCCUCUGUUCCCCUGGCGUCAGCCUCGAUCACAUCUACAGCACCAUGCUGGCUCUUUUGGGACGCCAGCUGAAGCGCCUCGGCAUCCUGAAGGCUGGUACCAGUGAUGCAGAUGUGUUGAAGGCUGCGAGGAGGUACUGCCCCCACCAUGUUGGCCAUUACCUGGGCAUGGACGUGCACGACACCCCCGAGUUGUCCCGCUCACAACCUCUCCAGCCUGGAAUGGUCAUCACUAUAGAACCAGGGUUAUACAUCUGUGAAGACAACGACCAGGCGCCAGAGCAUUUCCGUGGCCUCGGCGUCAGGAUUGAGGAUGACGUGGCGAUCCAAGAAAAGGGAGGGCCUCUGAUUUUGUCCUGCGCUGCUCCAAAGACCAUAGCUGACGUAGAGAGGACCUGUGAGGUGGGAUAGGGUGGGGAGAGCGCGGAAAACUGCACCAAGUGUUCAAGAUCAUGGAUGGUUCGCUUAUCAGUCGUCUCAAAAACCUCAGGCCCUGGGAACGUGACGGCUUGGGAGUCGAUCGGUGGGAUUAACUUUAGUGUAAUCGAUGUUGCAAAUGUGAAUUAAAAUGCGUUGUUAAAGAUGAUAAACUGCGGACAAGCAUAUCACCUUAAAUAGGUGCUAUUCCAACUAAUCCAAGAUACACAAGAAAACAAAUAUUUUCAGAAAAGAAACACAAUCUAGCCCAACUGUGCCUUCAGUACUAGUUGAGGUGGCUUGAAGCACUGAAAAGGGUGUUAAGGGAUGGUGUUGUAGCUUUAAAGUCUACGCCGUUCCUCUGUUAAAACAUCAGAGCUGUGGAGAUGCAGUAAGGAGGACAAUCCUGAUCAUGCACUGAACUUUAAAUUUUAUUUUUUUUACUUGCAUAAGGUUUGCCCAUAAAUCAAAGUAGCUCAGUUAGAAAAAGCAAAAUUUUUUUUUUUAUUGUGAAUUCCUCUAAUUUCUCCCUAUAUUUUGUUUCUCUACACUAACAAAGGACAGGUGUUUAUGUCUGAAACGAUUUAUAAUUCAUGCUCCUGCUGAAAGACAAAGCCACCAAAUGAAGCACAUCGACACACUUUACUCUAAAACAAGCCAAACACAUCUUCACAGGUGGACUUUCCUUUUUUUUUUUUUUUAUUAAACCAUUGUAUUUAUUCAGUGAUGUGUCCACCGUGGCUGUUUGGAAACUGGAUUUGUAGACUUUACUGAAAUAGGAUCUGUUAUACUGAGUGUUUGACUGAGUUGGUGUGAAUGUGUGUUUUAUGUGAAAAGGAUAAUUGUGUUUGCUUUCAGAAUAAAAAAAAAGUGGUUAUGAGUUUUAAAAACCUCUGGAUUUUAAUACAAGAGAAACAAUUUUAGAUUUUUAACACCAGUGAUCAAGGGAGGUAGCAAACGUUUCAUCCCAGGUCUAUAGCAUCACAGGAACGUAGAUCUGGGUGCUUAGAGGGAAGGGCUCUGGAACAAAAUGGGUCUUUUAGAGUAUUUGUACCACCAUGCAUUAUCAAAUGGCUUUUGCUGUGCUGCACACAAAUGCUUCUGUUGUCCAAAAUUCAUGUAUUGUUUUUUUUUUCUUUUUAUUACACACAAACAUGGCAGUGAUAGAGGAGGACUCUGAACUUCAGUUUCCACCCAGAGAACUCAGAUUUAUGAACUGAAGCAGUCCAACAACCUGCUGUGUCUCCUGAGCCUAUAGUUAAUUGUUAGGUUUUUUUCAGUGGCAGUGUCAGAAAAUAACCUUUUCGUUAAAGUGUCAUGUGAUAAUUUACGUUUGUAGUUACGAGUUAACACGUUAGGUUUAAUGCAUCAUACUGCUUUGAACUCAAAUCAACUUGUACCUACAAGUGCUGGAAACAGUAUUUACUCCCUUUCAUUUAAAUGUUCCAGAUCAUCAAAUAAAUUUUGAUAUCAGACUAAGAUAACCUAAAUAAAGGGUGUUUAAAUGAU